GUCGUACACGUGAUAGUUUGUUGCUACGCGUCAUCAGAGCGCUGCUACUCGCUUGCAAAUCUGCUGAAGUGAGGGUGUCAGUUAGUUUGCAAAAUCAAAAGAAAGCAAGAGAAAACAACUAAAUAGCAUAUAGAACCACAACUACUCGGUCGGCUACAACAGCAUUGAGCGUAAAAUUCUAUUUAGUUGUUUUAAAUUUGAGCGCUAGAGUUAAACGGCUUCAAACGCAAACAUGGCUGGUUUGAUGGCAGCUUUUGGUAACUUCACUCACGCCGUUGUUCGAGGAGUCCCUACAUCUUUGGCGAAAGAAGCACUGAGGACCGAUAACUUAGAUGUCGACAUUCUGAAAGCCAAACGGGAACAUGAACUCUAUGUAGAGGUUCUUAAACAGAAAUUGGGUCUGGAAGUGAUCGAACUACCCGCUGACGAGAGCAUGCCAGACUGUGUGUUUGUGGAGGAUGCUGCCGUGGUGUGUGGUGAUACCGCUCUCAUUACCAGACCAGGAGCUGAAUCCAGACGAAAAGAGACGGAGGACAUGAAGAGGGUUCUCUCAGGCCUGAACCUGAACAUCGUGGAGAUGACCGACGAGUCGGCCACCUUGGACGGCGGAGACGUCCUGUUCACAGGUCGAGAGUUUUUCGUGGGGCUGUCGAAGAGAACGAACCAGAGAGGAGCCGAGAUCCUGGCGGACGCCUUCAAGGACUAUGCCGUGUCCACUGUGCCAGUGACGGAUGGAUUGCACCUGAAGAGCUUCUGCAGCAUGGCGGGACCGGGCCUCAUCGCGAUCGGUUCCAGCGAGCAUGCUCAGAAAGCCCUGAAGAUCAUGCAGCAGAUGAGUGACCAUCGCUAUGAUAAGCUGACAGUGCCUGAUGACAUUGCUGCAAACUGCGUCUACAUGAACCUACCCAGCAAGGGACACGUUCUCAUGCACUGCACCCCGGAAGAGUUCCCCGAGAGUGUUAAGGUGUAUGAGAAACUCAAGGACCACAUGCUCAUCCCUGUCUCCAACAUGGAGAAGUGCAAAGUGGACGGGGCGCUGACCUGCUGCUCCGUGCUCAUCAACAAGAAGACCAACGUCUAAGGACCCUGGCCCACAGAGUGUGUGUGUGUGUGUGUGUGUGUGUGUGUGUGUGUUUGGGGGACUGGCUUAGUUUGCCACCACUGCCGUGUAGAUGUCCUCCGAGUCCCCACCCGUCACCCCAUCCAGCCCUCUGUGUCCAAACCUGAGCUACUGGUUAAUUUCACAAUCCUCCAAGGCAACCACUGCAACAUUGGCUAGUGUUGUGAAUUGUCCUGAUUGAUUUGAUUGAUUGAAUUGUCCUGAUUGAUUGAUUGAUUUUUUUCCCUUGAUGUUGUGAUUCAUUAUCUUGUAUAUGCAUCUGAACAAUGUGACAGUCAGAUCAAUUUAAUGCAUAAUCUUGAAGAUAAAUAUGUGACCCUGCAAAGCGAAACCAGUCGCUUCUGUAAAUUUGACACAAAUAAGUAAUUGUGCUCACAUGAACGGCCAUAAACUAAGCUUUCCAACGAUAUGUAUAUCGAGGGUAUUACACGAACUAUCGCUAAGAUAACCGUAUCCAAAGUUGACAUGGUUCUCCUGUCAUGAUUUGUUUAUUAUGGAUUUUCUCAAAAAUCCACAAUAAAGCGACUGAUUUUGCUUUGAAGGGUCACAUAUGUGAAAAAGUGAAACUUGAAAUGUUUAAUAUAAUCAGCAAGUUACCAACACUAUAUUUGUAAUGGUUUAUUUUGAAUAAGUCAUCAUUACACAAUUGGAGAUCACAUUAAGAAAUAUUUUUUGUCAAGAGGGAAGGGAUGGGUGAUUGUGUGUGUGUGUUGGGGUGAUAAAUGGAAAAACAAGUUCUCACACUUUGAGUCAAAUCAGUGCCACUUAAAGAGUAUAUAGAGAGUCUUUGUCUACUGUCCAGGCCUGAUAUGUUUUGUGUGGAUUUUCUGUGAUUUGUUGAUUGACAGCUGUGAUAGUGGUGCUAUGGCCUCUUCUGUGUGUUAGUGGAAGAAGCUUCACUCUUUUCUCUCUAAACUGUGAUUUAUUCUAGCUUAGUUUUGCAGGUACCCUAACAAAGGUAUGGCUACUAUUGUACGGUAGAUUUAAUGUUUGUAGAUUGGAAUUUUAGACUUGACUGUGUCAAUCUAGUCAGAUCCAGAGCUGUACAGAUAUGGCUCUGGUCAGAUCUAACACACUGUUUGGAUCAAACACAUGAAGUAUGGCCGACUAUAGCGAAUGAGAUUUUUUGUGAUUCGUCGAACCCAACAGCAUGGUUCUAAUGAUUUUGUGUCUGUCCUGCAGUUGGGAAUAUUUUUGUAGAAUUGGCGCACUGACCGCUGCUUCUAAAUCAGUCUACAGACACAGCAAAAUGUAUCAUCCUGAUCGCGGUCUCAUCAUUUCGCUGCCCAAGUCCAGCCAUUUUCUUGCCUUGUCUCCUUCGACCGGGAUUAACUUUUGAGUAAAGAAGCUUUGCCAGACAGUCUGACCUAACCCACCAGUUGGCCAGCACAUGGACAUGAAACCCGAGUCUCCUCUUAGUCACUCCUAUUAUCCUCCUGCUAUCUAUGACCAAGCAGUCUGGAACCGCUCUGACUUUCGCUAUGGCUUUAUUUGGAGGGCCUCAGUGCGAUGCAGCAUCAGUGUGUCACGUAAUAACAAGAGGCCAGAGCAACUGACCUGACCAAAUGAGACCCCUGUGUUGUGUGCAUCGUAACACUAGAUGUUUCCUGGAAAGAAAAAAAAAAACUACUAAUAUCCUGUUUGUCACUGCCCAGAGUUGCUCAGUCGUACAGCCUGUGCUGGGGAUGAACCCACUGGGAAGGAGUUGUAAGGGGCUCUCUUACUCAACAGCGUAAGCAGUACCAUAUUGUCCCUAAACGUGCUGUCCACUCUGUCCGUAAAGAGGGCUCGGUGAAGGCGUCUGACCGGCCGUCAGCUGAGCAGAGCGUCCCCCGGGUCUUCAUCAUCGUCAUUAGAAAUGACUUGCAGGUGGACACAUGUCCGCGGUCCGUCUCUCCAGAGGACCUCCUCAGCAGAUGGGCCAGUGUGACGGUGCAUGAAUACUAAAAUGAGCAACUCUCUGUUUUAUUGUUUUCUUUUUCUUUCACCUCAUUCAUCUAUGAUAUUGUGUUGUGACAGAGGGCCUAUGGGCAUCAGAGAGAGAGUAACUGCCGUUGAUCAAAGUGGCGUGCAUGUGAAGGCAGUAGUGCUUCCUGGACCACUGUGGUGUCUCAAUCUCGGCUGCUUCAUGGCCAUUCCAGGACAAAGCAAUUGUGAUGAAACACGGAAGGAAUUCUUUUUGGAUGAGCAGCCUGUUAGUCAAUACACAUAGUCUCUCACUCUUUCUCUCUCACUUUCCCUCUGUCUGUCUCUCUAUCUCUAUCUAUCUCUGCCUCCCCCCCCCCUCCCUUUUACUAUCUCUCUGGUUCAGGGGUAAUUUAUGACAAUGAUAUCAUACAGUCUGGCAAAGAUAGUUGAUGACCAGCCGUUAAAGAGCGUAAUUUGUGACACAAGCAGUAUAUUUUACAGGAGGCUCUUGGCAGGUCGAGUGAUGAUCCCAUAGUUGCCGUGCAUCCAGCAGCGAACUCAUGCACUGCACACUGAAAGCUGGACUGUGGUUUGACUACUGCAAGCCUUUAACCGUAUCCCACCCUCCUGAUUUGUCUACGGCAUCUCAGUGCUGGCUUACACAAACACACAACAGUGAGGUAUACUCCUCUUUACGCGAGUAACAUAAACAGACAGACAGAGAUAAAUAUAAUUUGUUAGCAUUAUUUUGAACACUGUUUUAUUUUAGCACUACUCUUGCUCAGACUGUAUGACCUAGAGACAGUGAAGCCAAGCCUGGAAUGACCGCAGCUUGAUUUCUUUUGGAAAAUGAAGGUUCAAAUGUAGCCUACUUAAGUAGGAUCCUAGGAGUGCUCUGUUGUAGUUCUUGAAAAUCAUGUUGGGUUUGUUCUCAGGUUUCUUUAGUUAAAUUAGGUUUGUUUGCAAUAAUAUGUCAGAAAAUAUCAGCAUUAACUCCUGCUCUUGAACUCAAACAUGCUGUCAUUAAAUUUGAUUAAUAAAGUUUUAUUCUA